GCCACCCACCCAGAAUCACAUAAUAACUAUGUCUCUUUCUUCUUCUCCUGCUUCUCUCCCAGUUUCCACCUAAAUUAAAUUCAUCUCUCUCUCUGUUUCCGCCGCCAUGGACCAGACCUCCGCUCUAAAACCAGACCCACCGCUGCCCAAUCUCCGUCGCAGAAACUCGAUCACGGUGCCCGUCGUCGUGCCAUCUAAGCUAAACCUUCUCGCCGCCACCAAGUCCUCCCGGGGUGUAGCGUCAUCGCCGCCGCUACCGUUGGCUUUCGAGCUCGUCCCAAUAAAAUCCUCCUCCCCCUCUUCCCCCUCCCUUGCUUACACUUCCCUCCGAGACAUUUUGCCCUCGGCUACCGCUAUCUACUCCCCUACCGCCGCCUCUGCAGCAAAUUCCGGCUACGAGAUCUCGAUCCGCAACCGCCUUGUGAAGCAGGCGGCGUGGGCCUAUCUUCAGCCCAUGGCCUCCUCCCCGAGCUCCUCUGGACCCCACCUCCUCCACCGUAUCUGGCUUAGAUUUUCAGCUUGGCUCAGCUUCGUCAACCUGCCCAUAAUUUCCAGUGUAACCAACGCUUUUAAUCGAAUAUUUCGCGUUGUUGGGGUCAGUUUUGUCUAAUAGGGGUGAUCGGGGGAAAUACAAAUCAGCUCUUCUUUGACUGAAAUCAGUCAUCUGUUUCUAUUCUAUGCUGUGUAUUGAUGAUUAUACACACAUACACCUCUAUGACUGUAGUCGAAGAAGAAGAAACAAAAAAAAUAAAAUAAAAAGGUAUGUAAAUAUUUGAAGAAAAA